AUGAAGUUACCUUUAGGAAGUUUCCCCCCCACCCCCUCCCCUCCCGUGCCGAGUGGAGAGGUGGUGGUGGUGGUGGAGGUGGUGGUGGGGGAGCUGAGAGGCGGCAAGUCAGGAGGGCCGGGUAAAGGUGGCGGAGAAGACCCCGCCAAGUCCGCCGAACAGGAGGACCGGACUCGACCUCCUCAGGUUCUGUCGGGAUCAGGCUUCUGCAAGUGGUUCAACGUCCGGAUGGGCUUUGGAUUUAUCUCAAUGACCGGCAGCGAAGGGAGCCCCGUCGACCCCCCUCUGGAUGUUUUCGUCCACCAAAGCAAACUGGUGAUGGAGGGCUUCCGCAGCUUAAAGGAGGGUGAGCAGGUGGAGUUCACCUAUAAGAAGUCCUCCAAGGGCCUGGAGUCCCUACGGGUGACCGGACCAGGCGGGGGACCCUGUGCGGGCAGCGAGAGACGACCCAAAGGGAAGGUCCCACUCCAGAAACGCAAACCAAAGGGAGACCGCUGUUAUAACUGUGGAGGUCUGGACCACCAUGCCAAGGAGUGUGGCCUGCCCCCUCAGCCAAAGAAAUGCCACUACUGCCAGAGCAUCACGCACAUGGUGGCUCAGUGUCCCCACAAGGCGCUGGCGCCCGCCUCAGGCUCUCAGGAACAACAAGCGUCUACCUCGGCCUUCAGCCCAGGGACCGGGCCCUACCUCUGCCCCCCCGAGGAGGAGGAGCGCUCCGGCUCGUCUCCCCUGGAGGGCUCGUCCUCUUCUCCCGAGGAGUCCCACACACGCGGCCCCCGGACCCAGAGGUGGAGGAAAUCCUGA